AUGCGUGCAUCGCCUGCAUCGACGCUUGCAGCCCUGUCAUAUCAAUGCAAAUACCUCAAUUUGUAUAUAUUGCUGUGGAAAUAUUCAUCAUUUCCAAGGGUGAAAAUGCUCUCUACCCCGGAACCCAACAGCCCUGCCCAUUUUGCAGGUUCCAAAGACAAGGAAAUUGAUUCACAGCCAAUUCCCGGUAUAUCACACUCGUGCAAAACAGCGCCAAAAAUAGGCUCAAUGAAAGAGCUAACUUUAGGAACGUCAAUUGGGUCUCCAACUCGCAGUCAGCCCAAAUCUCCAAUCUAUAGCCAGCUUCCGCAAACCAUAAAAAAGCUCGAACAGAAAGACUUGGAGGAGAUUUUGAGUCAGCAAUCGGUAAUCAUAGACGUACGACCAUUCCAUGCAUAUUCAACAUCUCGAAUCAAGAAUGCCAUCCAUCUUGCGGUGCCCUCGACCCUCGUCAAGCGUCAAUCGUACUCACUUAUUAGCAUAAUCAACUCAAUCCCCGUCGAAAGUCCCCAAAAAGAUCUACUUGCUGAGUACCUUGAAGAAUCCGGCGGAAAGCCUCCGCUCAAAGUUGUCGUCUACGACUCUGAAAGUUCUGGUACUCAUUGCUCAGCGUUGCUCUAUCACAUAUUUGGCAAGUUUAGCCACUUUAAUUGUCACCAUGGAGGUUUUGACGUUUUUUGCCUUGAAGGUGGUUUUUCCAGUAUCCAAUCUUCUUCGGUAAUUGACAACUCUCCGCUUUCCACUCUGGCCAGCAGUCCAGAUUCCAGCUCCAACGGACCCCUGAAGCUGGCAAAACCGUCUCUUUUUGGCGGUUUUACCCUUCCUUCAGCCACUCCUUCCAACCAAAAAUUCUUGCGGUCGAUCGGUGGAAAUUCGCCUCGAGUCAAUGAAACCCUGUCGAGUUUCAAUUACUGCUUCAGUGUUCCUCAGGGACUAGACAAGAAGGUGGACAAGUUGCCCAAGUGGCUUCAGUUUUUGGUCACCACCAAGGAAUCUGGCAUAGUCGAUGUCUUGACUCACCGGUUCAACAAAAUCGAAAAAUCAGAGCAAGUUCGCUUGAAAACCGCCAUUGGCUCCGUCAAGGAAAUCCAACAUGCUCCUCUGGUGUGUACGCCCAGUGCCCUUUGUCCAGCGUGUGACACCAUCGAUUAUGAACUUCCCAAAGGCAUUGAAAACGGCUACAAAAAUCGCUACAAGAACAUCUGGCCCUACGAACACUCCCGAGUCAAAGUCGAGACCCAGCUGGACGACGACUAUAUCAACGCCAACUACAUCAGCUACGAAGAUCUCUCGGAUCUCUCGUAUAUUGCGACGCAAAAUCCUCUUCCGGCGACUUUUGAAGAUUUCUGGAAUUUAAUCCAAUGCAACAAUAUCAACGUCAUAGUUUGUCUCAACAAGCAGAAGCCAGCGGAGUUGGUGGGGCAGGACCUCAAAUAUUUUGACUCGCAGGAGUUUCCAACUAGCCAAGUGGAGGUGAAAAAAGUGUCGGUUGAAGACCAUGGAGACUUUGUCGUUCGUCACUUGCAACUUUUGAAAGAGGCCCAUUCAAUGCAAAAGGUGUACCAGAUUGAAUACAAAAGAUGGCCCGAUUUUGGAGUUCCUGACUCUUUCAGUGGUAUCACAGACCUCCUCAAUUUCAAGAACAAGUUGAUCGAAAACGAGCACUUGAACAAGCAAAUUGUCGUUCACUGUUCUGCCGGUUGUGGACGUACGGGCUGUUUUAUCACUACAGACAUGGUCCUAGACCGGAUACACACUCAGACAAGUGGAGUCAAAGCCGACGGAACAGACGAUGGUAAAGUGGACGUGUGGGGAUCAGACGAUGUCAUCUACAAGUCUGUGCAGCUGCAAAGAACCCAGCGGGUUUCUAUGGUUCAAAAUCUCCGCCAGUUCAUCGUGUGCUACGAGAUUGUGCUUAAUUACCUUGCGGAGAAUUACGUAUAA